AUGAGAGCAGAGCUGGAACGUGCUAAUUCUGCGGCUGUUGCCAAGGUUAGAGGUUUGACUGAACAUGAAACUUCUUAUGAUACUUUUAACCUCAAUGGGAUGACACAAAGAGCUAUCUAUGGUGAUAGUUGGGUUUUUGAUGUAUUCACUACAAUGUGGUACAGAUUUUUCUACGAAUUUAUCUUUUUAUAUGGAUAUAAUGGAAUUUCUGACUUUUUUUGGAAUUUUAAUGCUCAAAGAAUUGUUUUCAAAUCCAUGAAAGAGAUAUCAAUGGAUGAUUCUCUUCGUGCAAAGUGUGGAGAAAGAGAUAAUCAUAUUGUAGUUGACAACCUUGAUAAUUUAUCUAAUGAAAAUGAAAUUCACCAAGACCUGCUCUAG